AUGAAUCCAUUGCGUUUACAAUCUGAAGCAACUACUAGUUCUGAGCUGGAAGAUGUGAAACAGCCAAACCUGGAAGCACUCGGUUACUAUUUUGAUGAUCAUGGUGUUAUGAGAGAUAAGAAUGAGAAAGGGUUUGAGUUCACUGAUCAAGAAAGUUACGAGAAAAUCGCUCUAGCUGUCACUGAAGAAAUUUAUCGAAUAAUGGAAAAUCCGCCAUAUAACAUGGAAAGGCAGUAUCUGGACGAUACGGACAAGAAAAGAAGUGCAUUCAUUUUUCUUAGCAAAGAUUGGUAUCAGAAAGAAAAUCUUGUUGUACUUAUACAUGGCAGUGGUGCUGUUCGUGCAGGGCAGUGGAGCAGAAGGCUUAUAAUGAAUAAAAGCUUAAAUAUGGGCUCACAAUUGCCAUAUUUGCGAAUCUGCAAAAGUCGGGAUUGGGGAGUGGUUGUGAUGAAUACCAACAUGAACGUAACUGACAGCGAUCCUUUUGAAGCACUGCCAGGAAGUAGGACGCCCAUAGAACAUGGUAUUACUGUAUGGGAAAAAUACAUUACCAAAGCGAAAGCACGAUCAAUUGCAGUGGUUGCACACAGCGCUGGAGGAACUGUUAUCGCUGGCAUUAUAGAAAAUUAUUGGUCAAAGGAGUGGAUGAAGAGACUGAAGUGUAUAUGUCUUACGGAUGCUGUAUUCACCUUACCAUCUGUCACUAAUAUGGAUUGGCUGCCAGCAAUACGGGAUUGGCGAGCAACUCCGCAUACUGAAAUAGGACUUCAGAUAGACAACAGAACGAUACAUGGAAAGUAUCCUUAUGUGACUUAUGUCAGUGCGGGAACUAAUCAACAUGAAGAAACUUCGGCAGUAGCAGUUGAAGAUAUUUUUCGAUUUAUUGAUAGUUACUUUGAAUGA